AUGUCUCUACCCGACGAGCCGCGAACAGCCCAUGGCGGCGUUGAGCAGCCUCAAAGCUUUGAGCUUCCGAUGAGAGGGGAAACACUCAACGGAUCAGUAGAUCUGGAGGGACAGCCCAAGGGUCAAGACGAACCCAAGGGGUGGUUUCGCAUGUCUCAACAGCAGCAACGUGACCCAAGACACAUGGUAUUUCCCCGUCACACAGAAAUUUAUGCGUUUUGUAUCGGGCAAUUCGCGAAUCGUGCCGACUCCCUUUAUACAGCACUGCAAAAAGCUCACGAGGCGGGCGAAGAAGCCCCGGAGCUUUUGAACAAACUUGUUGAAACAAUAAUGAGAUAUGGCGAAAUGGUGACCCAAACAAACCAGAUACUUGGUCUCAGUCAGCCAAAAAGCAGAUACUUGAAGAAGCUCUUGGACAACAUGAGAGUUAUACUAGAGGAUCAGGAUACGCGCUUCCUUGACGAACCGGCUCAUGACUGGGCGUCACUCAAUCCGACAGACAAGAUGGAUCAACUCAUCACCCUCGCCCUGACCACCAAGGUUGGGAAAGCACUAGCCGUGAGUCACCCCUUACUUUACUCGAGGAGCGAUCUGUAG